UGCGACAGGAGAGGCCCGUGAUUUGUUGAUUAAUAUUCGGAGACGGAGGAGGAGAGCUCCUCUUUGCCUGCUCCUGCGUCUGUGUGAGCGCGUGUGUGUGUGCCUCUCUGCCGUUCCCUCCACCCUCCUCGUCUCUGGCAGGUUACAGCCCUAUUGAGCUGACAGUGUGUUCCUCAUUGUUCAUUAGGCAGCUGGAAGCUUCAGCACUGCAUCACUUACGAGACAGACCCAGCCCAGCUCUGCUCCCAGCCUCACACUCUCUCUGCUUCUCCGUCCGGCAGCAUCCUUCGGCUCUCCAGCUCCUGCAGCCAUGGCAAGCACUAUCGCAGUUUACGCUCAGCCUCAGAUGUCUGGAAAGGAUAAGAACUCCAACGGAAUUGUCCAAGCCUACAAGGAGAAGAUGAAGGAGAUGUCCAUGCUGUCCCUGAUCUGCUCCUGUUUCUACUCACAGCCACACCCUAACAGCAUUUACCAGUAUGGAGACAUGGAAGUGAAGCCAAUCAAUAAGAGGGCCUCUGGACAGUCCUUCGAGGUCAUACUGAAAGCCCCAUCUGACCUGUCCCCAGACCGCCCCCAGUCCCUGUCCUCCCCUCCCAAGAAGAAGGACAUGUCUCUGGACGAGCUGCAGAGGAGGCUGGAGGCAGCUGAGGAAAGGAGGAAGUCCCAGGAGGCCCAGGUGCUGAAGCAGCUGGCGGAGAAACGCGAGCACGAGCGAGAGGUGCUGCACAAGGCCCUGGAGGAAAACAACAACUUCAGCAGGAUGGCGGAGGAGAAGCUCAACUACAAGAUGGAGGUCAACAAGGAGAACCGAGAGGCCUACCUCAACGCCCUGAAGGAACGGCUCCGCGAGAAGGAAAGACAUGCUGCCGAAGUGCGCCGAAACAAGGAGCUGCAAGCGGAGCUCUCUGGUUGAAGACAUUUUCUACGACUUUAUCAAGAAAUUCCACAUCUGAAGAGUUUUGGCUAGGAAAAUGCAACUUUUUUUAAUAUUUCUGUAUCGACUGUCAUGCAUUGUUCUGCAUCUACAAAAUUUCAUUCUUUGUGCAAUAGGAAAACGACUAACAAUUAGAAUACUGCGACUAGUCCACUCACUGCGUUACUCUGUAAUCUGCCUAUGGAGCCUUUUCCUCUUCUAAUAUUGAUUUAGCAAAUCAGCCUUUAGGUUUCCUCUCUUUUCUUCAAAUGGCAAAUUUUAAAAUGCACACAACUAAAAUUGCUUCUGAUGGGAUCAAUUAUUCAUAGCUUUUGGGAAUGCCUGUCUCCAAUCGAAUAUUUUAACACACCAGACGUAUGCAGACAAAUGUCUCUCUGUAAACAAGCUGGGGACGAUGAGUUUAAAUUACAUUUCAGCUGGCUCUGCAUAUUCCCAUCUAAUAAAGAAACGUGUUUGAUCAAUUAUUCUGACAUCAUAGCACUUCAGAAUUCAAUAGUCUUUAUUACUUAAAUAGAGAGAGCAAAAAAGGGUUUCUUACAGCCAGAUCAAUUGAAUUUCUGUCCUUGCCUAUAGGACAAUUUGCUCUUUUUCUCCAAUUUAACAAGACUGAAGCACAACCAAUAAAUCACCCACUAAAUUAAAAACCUGAAGGCUGAAUUUUGACAUUAUUUAAAACUGCCAUUUACGUCAUUGUGUAUUAUAACUGUCUGUUCCAAAUAUUUACUGAUCGUAUGUACGUGUGCAAGAAUUGCUUGAGCCAAAUUUUUUUUUUGUCUUAUUACUGCAGUAAUGGUAGUACGACGUAGGAAACGAAAAAAAAAAACCUGCAAGAUAUUACGCUGUACAAGGGUGUUUGCUUGGCGUGGAGCUCUGACUUGAAGCUUCUUUUUGUCUCCCUGUAAAUAUCUUUUACCAAUAUUCAGGAUUGCAUUUUGAAAGCUAGUUCUUAACCCCAGUCAUUCCUCCUAAUGCAUCAUUGCUACUGCACCACUCGCCAUCUUUUUAGUCCUGCUGUUUGUAUAUAACUCACCGGUCGGAAACACUACCACGAUGAGGCUGAUUUUGGUGCUAUGGAGUUCUGUAGUUCCUCGCUCUGUCAACCAGAGGAUGGCAUGUGUUAACAACGUCAGGCUGCAGGUCAUUCACCAGGAAAUUAUUCACUCUGUCAAAAUGGAGAGCUCCUUGGCACAAGCAACAACCUGGCUUUGUGUCUGUCCCAGUAGUAUAGGCUAAAAUUAAAACCCAUAUCCCAUAUCAUUGCGUUUCUAUGGUAAUUUGACAGGACCAAGGUCAUUAUACUGAGUUUUGGGCUGAAGAAAUACCAUGUAGUCACAAGAAAGGAGCACAAAGAUGUUUCCACACACACUGAGAUGUUGGUGUCCUGUUUUUAUCAUGUGACUCUGCUACUAUUACUGGUGUCAGGAUGCGACAGCAUUACAGAUGGUAAUGUGCUGUAAGGGUUUGAGUUUUGAGCAGAGGAACCAGGAAUAGGAACUUCAUAUGAUCAGUUCAAAACAGCUUUCGUGCGUGGCUGAUGUUUAUAACUACACAAAAGCUGCUCCUAGUUUCAGCCCAGCCCUAGAUUUGUCUUUUCCUAAAAAAGAUUGGCAUCUUAGCGCAAAUCUGACUUGGAACUUGUCUUUAGAGUGAACGAGGGUGAAAUAUUGCAACAGACAUUUGGUGAAUCAAAGCCACAGUAUCCCGUGCAAGAGGUAAUGCAAAAUGGUUAUGACUUCACACAUAAAAAGAAUAUAUACAGUACAUACUGUACUCAUGUGUUUUCUAUCCUGGCCAGAUAGGUUAUAAUCUUUAUAGUCUUCCAUUCAAGUACUAACAACGGCAAUCCUGCUUAGCUUUUCCGCUGUGUGCCCUACUUUUAUGUGCAGACACGUCAUGCUGGUACUUGAAUAGGUUAUAACCUUGCCUUAAGACUCCUCUUGUACUGUACAUCAUUACCAUCUACUGUACAAAGUUUCUGCAUCACCUACUGGGGGCCCAAUUAGACAGCUCUGAAUAAUUCCAUGCAGAUAUAAUCUCAACUCCAUAUAAAUACUGAUACUACUGUUGCCACAUUGCAGUUCGUAGAUUACUAAAAUAUGUGCCAUCUUCCAUAAUCCAAUGGGUAUAAGAGUCAGAAACGAGGACACCUUUACAGCUACUUGUAUAAUCAUACUUUAGAAUAUCUCACCUGCAGUUCAGUGUCAAAUUGGGAUUGUUAUUGUGAACAGAAGUGAUAAUGAAUAAUAAUAAAGUUGGUAAUACACCGUU